GUUUAUUCAUGAUUCAGCCUCAUGCAUGCCAACGAUUGCGGAGGCCUCUCUCAUGACUGUGAUGCAAUAGCUGCUUUCUCAUUCGGUAUUAUAUAAUAUCGCUGAAAGACUGGGAGCCAUGUUCAAGUUCGCUAGGGACGUUGUGCUUUAUUAUUUUCAGCCGCAGAAGCUCCAGGAUGUAGCAGAGCCGACAGUCAACAGAAACGAUCGACUACCAGAGAUCUGGUUUGCUGAUAUUCCAACGUGCACCUUACGAUGUAUAUAUCCCAUAGCUUUAGAAUGCGGCUGUGCAUACUCGGAUUUCGAAUGCAUUUGCAAUUCCUUUAGCGACAUCUCAAAUCAGGACAACGUCGAGAUUUGUUACAAUCAAUGUCCUGCGAACGAGGAUCAACGAUGGGCACCCUCGCGGAUUCUCGAUUUUUGCGAACUGAUGGGCGUCGACGUACAGCUUCCGGAAUAUAUGGCAGAGUUCGCGCAUUUGCAUCGACGACAAUCACAAAUUGGACCGUCCGUCGGAAGUUAUUCCGACUUUCCAAGUUAUAGCGAGACUGGUGCAGCAUCACCGUCGGCAACGAACACCGGCGGCCUCCCAGAUGUCCCACAAUGCUCCCUUUCCUGCUUUGCCACCGCUCUUAGUAGUGAUGGCUGCUCCUCUCUAGAUGACUUUGCCUGCCACUGCGCCAAAUCCGGUCUUGUCAGUGAUAUCAGCUCGUGCUUGGAGAGUAAUUGCAGCAACGCCGAUCAGUCCUCAGCCUUCAGUGCUAUUUCCUCCAUAUGCUCAUCCGUCGGGCAUCCAGUCAGUGUCUCUAGUGCCACCGCUACCGCUACCGCUACCUCUGCCGUCACCACCACGACUGGGACAUCGGCGUCGGCAACAACGACAGCGACAGAGACAAUAGCAACACAUGGAAUUACACCAGGGCCGACGCAAACAAGUUCAACCGAUAGUAACAAUGGAGCUGGCGGGUCUUCAGGUGGUCUCUCAACGGGGGCAAAAGCCGGAAUCGGGGUUGCAGUGCCAUUAGUGGUUAUCAUUCUAUGCCUGGGCAUAUUCUGGUAUUUCCGCAGGCGAACUGCAGCCACAAAAAAUCAACAGAGCCCUGAAAACAAUGUAGACUAUCUGCCCGGUGGAGUUGGAGAGCUACCAGCCAAAGAAAAACUCUCGUCUGCUGGUGGUAAGCGUUUUGAUGGUUAUGGAAACGAAUUACCGGCGGAAGCGGAUGGAAAUCCUAUUAAUGAAUCGGACAGUCGACCUAUACAUACAGUACCCCCACCCAUGAAUGAAAACACACAAGCUGUUUAUGAGCUGAGUGGCCAGUCAGCGGCCGUCGAACCUCUGGUUCCCACGCCUCUCGCACCACACAGAGGUAACGAGUCCAUGAACAGACAGUAUUCAGAGGCGUCUUCGACAGGUAUAAGCCAAAAAUUAGUUGGAUCACCUAUUUCUGCUGCAGGUUCGGAAAACGCAAAUAACAGAGGCUCUCAGUUGAAUAAUUCAACUAGUGCCGAUGACGCUGUAGUGAGUCCACAACCGUCGGAGCGAAAUGUGGAGCAGAGCGUACGAACAUCAACUACGUCCCAGGAGACAGAGCUGAUGCAACUGGAGGAGGAGAUGGCACGAGUUAAGGCACAGAGAGAGCGGCUUCAACACUUACAGCUCUUAGAAGAAAAGGAAGAGGAGCUGAAGAAGCAGAUUGCAGCAAAGAAAGCUUCUACAUCCACGGAAUAACGGGAUUUUAUUUUAUAAUAUUAUAUGCUAAUACCCAUUAUCUAUUUAGUCAAUUGAUGAAUCCUAAAUAAUGUCAAAAUUUUGUCAAAG